AUGCCCAAAAAACGACAUAACCCGAUCUUCACAAAGCCUGUCGACACUCCGCAUCAUACUCUUCUCAGUUCUCCUCGAAAUUCUCAAAAUGACAGGUUCCGAUCAUCGUCAAGCGCCCAGCCAUCCGUCAACGACCUGAUUCAUCAUCUCCGCCGCACCCAAGUAUCCAGCUCUGAUGAUCGUACCUCAAGUCCCUCCGGCGUCAUCACUCCUCGAUCUGUGCAUCCCUCUCUGCGAAAUCUUCUCGAACUCCCCGAAACGCCGCCUCCGCGACCCCGCCCCAAUGCGCGCCGUGUCGGCGUUGGACGAUUGAGAAGAACCCCGGGACCCCCGCCACCAGAGAGCUGGCUAUUGGGAAAUAACCAAAGUACCAGCAACGAACCCGAUUCCGAACAAGACGAUGUCGAUACCGCCGCAGAAACAGAACGAGUUAUCUACCGACUAGAACGACUACCGGGGACGACAUUCCCUCCGCGAAAUGGCCUAUUACACAUGACUCUCAAGGCCAUGGCCCAGCACUGGGCAUGGCAUGUAGCAUACGAUGGACAGUUUCUGGCUAUGCUCCCUGCGCAAGUUAAAGUGUUGUUGCUGAGUUAUAUUACUGUUUAUGGGAGGGAUCAGCCGCUGAGGGGGUUGGUGCGUGGGUUGAAACCGUUGAUUGCUGUCGAUGAGAGCGACGAGGAUUAUCAAGGGUCUGAAUUGGAUGGUAUCUCCCGAUUGGACUUUGGCGGUGCACUGGGAAGAUGGAUGGGGUUCAAGGAGCUUAACAAUGAAUUGUUUCUGUCGCAGAGGCCUGAUGCCGUAAACUUACCGCGCAAGUCGAAGGAACCUGUCCCGGCAUCAUGGGAGGAUUACGAGGAAGAAGCUUCAUCUAUACCAAAGUCUCUUGAGCACGGCUGUCGAUUUGAGAACCUCCGCUUUCUGUCCCUGGCGCACCCCCAUCCUUCCGCCGCGAACUGGAAAUCCCUCCUCAAGCUACUCUCCCGUUUAUCGAUUCUCACUCAUCUAUCACUCGCCCACUGGCCCGUUCCAACUCUCACACCAAACGCCAUUAACGCUCGCGUUCGCCACCCAACUCACAGAUCCCUCACGUUCUCUUACGGCGGCACAGACAGCUACUCCGCUAUGGAGAACAACUGGGCCGAAGCAGCGGGUAUCUUGCGCAAACUAUCACAUGCUACUUACUGCCUGAAAUGGCUGGAUCUCGAAGGUUGUGGUGACUGGAUUCCGGCGCUAAGUUGGACGGGACACGGCCCUGAUGGCGAGGUAUAUCGCACGGGACCUGAGUGGAACGGAGCUUGGAGAGAUAUUGAGUGGAUUUGUUUGGGACCUGGGUGGUUGCCGCAUAUUGAUGAUGCUGAGAUUCUUGGUAUGCAUACUCGUGAUGCUGGUGCCGGAAGGCCAUCAACGUCGGCGGGGACGCGGCCACAACAGCAACAAGCGUACCAAUCGCCUGCGUUCCGAUCACUAGCAUCGUCCAUCCACGCACCGCCAACCCCGCCGCCAUCUUUGUCCCGUAUAAGGGGAAUCGAGACCGAUGACGAUGAUAGCGGGAGUGAUACUUCCUGGGACGUGGAAGUCGAACGCGUCAAGUACCGACGCGCGAAGGAGCUAGAGCGUUAUCGGGAGACUGUGCGUACCGCGAGGACGGUCCAGCAACAGGUGCAGCAGCUCAGACGGGAAGGAAAGGGGAAGUGGGUGAAUCUCUCGCUUGGGAUCGAGGAACUUAAGGAGGAUGUACUUAGGGGUUUGCUGGGGGAUGAGCACAUGGGUUUCCUUCCGUAG